GGCUGCAAAUCUGAGAUGAAAUCCACAUCACUCCACACCGCCACCGAUAUCAUUGCUUCUCCAAUUCAUCGGCGACGAGAUCUGUCAUUGACGACUGUUUCCCGACCAUCUGAAACCAGAAAUCGACCAACGCAGCCACCCAAUCUCUGUCCUUUACUGUAUUCUGGAAAUUUCUCGAUUUAGGUUUUCUCAGCGAACAAGUGGAAAUUCAGAUUCACAGUUGGUUUCGUCGUUUUCCGUCGGAACUUGUUGCCUCUGCUUCGCCGCGUUGCGCUGCGCUGCAGUUAUCCACUUGAAGUAAGAUUUCUUGCUCCAGAUUGUUUGGUUUCAGCGUAGAGUUUAAAAUUCAGCAAAGCUUCUGGUCAGAGGCAAAAGGGUCCAAGAAAGCUGAGAUUCACUGAUUGCCGGAUGGCACUGCUUCCAUCAAAGGGAGUGGUCGUUUCAGUUCCCACGCUAGUUCUGUCAGCUGCAGCUUUUGCGAUCCUCCUAUUCUUCUUGCUCUCAGCCAGCUCACCUGCCUCCGUUCCUUGCUCUUGCUCCACCCCGACUGGGGACCACAGCAGUAAGAUAAGUGGAGAGCAUGUUUCAACCUCAGCUGAGGACAUAGAUUGGUUGAAGAGUCGUGUCGAAGCGAAUGGAUUACAUAUGCAGCAGAACAUUCUACGUAAGGGCAUAAACCCGCGUACUCGUGAACAGCAGCUCCAGGAUCUUCUUCAUUUCAAAGGCAUAUCUCACUAUGAAGGAGAAGAUGCUAAUAACCAUACUGCCCUCCCUUGUCCCGGUGAGCUGCUUGUAGAAGAACACCACAGCAAUUACGGGGAGCCUUGGGCAGGAGGAAGGGAUGUAUUUGAAUUUCUUGCAGAGUCUGCCCACGUCACACCAAAUUCAAAAGUUCUUGAGAUCGGGUGUGGCACACUUCGUGUUGGCCUGCAUUUCAUACGGUACUUAGAUCCAGAGCAUUACCAUUGUCUAGAAAGGGACGAGCUCUCUCUAAUGGCUGCACUGCGCUACGAGCUUCCAUCACAGGGCUUGCUGUAUAAGCGCCCUCUGAUUGUAAGAGGCGAAGACAUGGAUUUCAGUAAGUUUGGUUCUGAUACCGUGUACGAUUUGAUUUAUGCUAGUGCUGUUUUCCUCCAUAUGCCCGACAAGCUCGUCUGGACAGGCCUGGAGCGGUUAGUGGGUCGCCUGAAGCCUCUAGAAGGUCGAAUCUUUGUCUCACACAACGUCAAAUUCUGCUCUCGAUUGGGAGGUGAAGAAUGCACAAAAAGGCUGACUAAUCUGGGCCUAGAAUAUAAAGGCAAGCAUACACAUGAUAGUUUGCUCUUCAACCAUUAUGAGAUAUGGUUCGAGUUCAGGCGAUUUAAGUCUUAAUGUAGCACGAGGUAUCGAUCCCUGAUUGUUCUUCCGUCCAUGGUGUGAAGCGAGCAGAAAGUCUUGAUAAUGUACAUUACUGCAGAUGAAGAUAGAACACUAUCCAGAGGUUCUGUUGAUAUUGAUCUUUUAUUACCCUCCUAAUUUUCCAGGUUUUAUGCAUUUACGCUUAUUCAAUUGUAUUCUUCAAUAGUACUCCCUUCGUUCCGCAUUAAUGGAGACGUUUCUUUUCGGCA